AUGCGAUACCACAAGCCAGCAGCCAUCCCAGUCUGUGUCCAGAGUGCCAUCACUGCAUUCCUCCUCAUCGGCAGUCGCAGCUUGCACGGCAUCAAGACCAUCUGGAUCAACAUAAGCGAGGCCAUCACCAUCGACAGCACUGAAGGACUGCAAUAUGGUUCGAUAGCCGAACGAUCGGAUUAUGAAGGUAUGGUGGGCGGAAUUCUGUACAUACCUAGACAGCAAAGUCUACGGUAG